AUGCUCUUUGCGGAUGCCUCGACCUGUAUCACCAUCAAUGGUCGACAGUCUUCAGCUUUUGGCCUCUUCCGCUCUAUUUGGCAGGGUUGCCCUUUAGCUCCCUCGCUGUAUGUGCUUACCGCUGAAAGGUUUGGUUAUCUGUUGGCUAAUGUUGCAUCUUUGCAGUGUGUUAAAGGCAUUUCAUUGCCUAAUUCUCAGUUGCAGUUACUCAAUGGGCACUUUACGGAUGACUCUUUUCUCACUCUCUUGGAGGAAGAGGAGACUAUUCACGAGGCGCUCCAGUGCCUAAAUAUAUUUUAUCUUGUUUCGGGCUCCGCCAUUCAGUGGCACAAGACGCUUUGUUACCGACAGUCUGUUCUGCCUUGUCCUGCUUGGCUGCAACCCUUUAGCUGGAAGUGGAUUGGGCCAGGCGAAACUUUCCGCUUUUUGGGCAUUCCUUUUGCUUUUCAAGCCUCCCCAAUGGAGCUUUGGCAGGUUGUGCUUGCUCGGGUGGAAAAAAAGCUGGCUUAUUGGAUCACCAAGCCUCUAUCUUUGGCGGGGAAGUUCCAGAUUUGUUCUAAAGUUUUGGCCGCUACUCAUGUUUAUUAUUCCUCUUGUUGGGCGCCUUCUAAAGCUGCUUAUAGCAAGCUUGAAAAAUUACUUCAGGAUUUUCUUUGGGCUUCCUCUGAUACUCAUCAUGGAUUCCAUCGUGUCGCCUGGGAUUUUUGUUGUCUCCCCAGGGACUCUGGAGGCUUGGGUCUGUUGUCCACCCAGAGGCAGGGAAUUGCUUUAUGUGUCAAAUGGGUUAUUCACUCCCUUAUGGGUGACGAGGCUUGGAAAAUUCUCCUUCGCCACUGCAUUCAGUCUAGUUUCCCUAUCAACAGACCGGCCUGGAAAGGAAUUGGCCUCCAGACCCUUUUGGUUAUGAAAGAGCCGGUUCAGAUAGUUGGUACGUUUGUUGCCAAAAGCAUUUGGUGUGCCUGGGAGUCUGUCAAACCCUGGCUCUGGUGGUCUGGCUCCAGCUUUCGGGAUGAGCUCUCAUUGAACUAG